GUGUCUCAAUCAACUUACGGAGUUUAUACAGUGCACAUGUUAUGGAAGUGAAGUAUUAAAUCAAUAGUAUUGCAUUUAAUACUGAAAUAUUGAACUAUUAAGUUAAUACGCACAAACGCUUCUCUCAAGAAGUUCUACAACUAACGUGCUGAAGUUUACUUCAAAGCAUUCAACAGUAACAUUAGAUUCAAACUUUGACCGGACCUGCCAAAAAAAAAAAACACUUGGGCAUGUCGGAAGUUCUAGUUCAAGUGCCUACACUGGUCAUCACAAACAGUGAAGAUAACUCUAGAGAGACUUCAUGGAAUGAUAAUGAAAUUAAUAACAAUUUUCUCAACGUAAAAAUCCAGGAAGAUAGUAGUUACUCGAGCAGUUACGGUGAAUCUUCCUUUGACAGUUCUGACGAAUCUAAUUCAUUGCAAAAUCUCAUUGACGAGCGCAAGAAUUUUAUAACAAGAUGCAAGCAAGAACUCAACGGCAACAAGUUACCGAAGCACUUUGAUCAGUUGACAAUCAAGAUGCAGUACGAUCAUCUGAUAAACAAUAUUAGCAAAUAUUUCCCAAAUAUACCCGAAUCUUUAAGAUUUGUCUUGCCGGCGACUUUUGAAAAUGGAGACUGUGGACGAAAACCAGAUGCAAAACCAGAAUGGCUAAACAUGGAUAAGUUUUAUCGCGGACAGCGCUUUGCUCAGCGUUACUUCAGCGUAAUCUCCAUAAGCAACCUGAUGGGUCUGAUACAGAUAUUUAGCUUCUCUGACGGACUGAAACCACUGAUUCUCAGUCAGAAAUCAAACACUCCGUAUCGCGCCUUCGAACGAUACCUCAGAACGGUAAGGACCUUCAGGAAUUGGUACACAAGCGAUCCUUGGUGCAAAAAAACGCCAGCCUACCGUGAUAUUCAACGAGUUCGAAAGUUACACCGUUCCAUGAGACGAAAAUUGUGCAGAGAAAAAUUCGAGGAGAUCGAUGAGAACAGCAAGAUUCUAAAUGCGUUUUGUCCUGUGUUGGGAAAGAUCAAGAGAGAUUUCGCAGACGCGUGCCCGAUAGCAAAGAGCCAGCAAUGUCCUUACACGAUGACGAAAACGAGAGGUUUGAACCAAGGCGACAUGUCGGGCACGCAGUUUGCCUCCAUGGGUUUGAUAGUACUCUAUCCGGAACAAUUCGGUAUACACAACGCCAGCGAGGAGGAUUUGGAUGCUUUCUGUCACAUGUGGCGCGGACUGGGCUACCUAUUAGGCAUCGAAGAUCACUAUAAUUUUUGCCGCGGCAGUCUGCAGGACGUACGUCAGCGAUCUAAAGAUUUCAUCGAGCACUGGGUGAAACCGAAUUUCCAAACGGUAACGCCAGAGUGGGAGCACAUGACCAUGUGUCUUUACGAAGGUGUAAAAUAUAUUGCUCGUGUAACCAAUUUAUACAAAGUGAUUCUGCUUCAACUCUGUGACCUGUUUGAACUCAGCAUGCCUCGUUUGUACGAUUCCUUUAAUCUACCAGAGAAAAUGAUAUACAUGUUCCAUAAGUUUCUAUUCAAAUAUAUGGUAAAGCUACCUGGUGUCUUCUCUAUCAUGAACGCGAUGUUAAAUGCGUGUCUAGAUCAGGCGGCAGACUUUGAUGAAAACAAACAUGCCAAACUUAGAAAGAAAUCAAUCAAGAAAAUGAAAGAGACUAUCCAGAAUGAAAUUCCUCAAUUACAAUAGAUUUCUAUAACUUAUUUAUUGUCUAUGAUUUUCGCACGAUAGUACUAGAAGAAACAAUUUAUUUAAAAGAAUAUUUAAAAAGUUUGAAAAAAUAUUUUAAAAUCAUACCAAAAAAUAUUAUCAGAGUUAAAUUUUGUAUAGAAAUGUUAAUGAGAAUUAAUUAUACUGAUUUUGUUUCUUAAGUAGUAUUUUAUAUUAAACGGGAUAACAUAUAAGUAUAAAUGUAUUCUUAAUUUAUUAAAACUUUUUAUAUA